CAGUGAUUCCAGCAGUAGUUCAAGUGAUGACUCUCCAGCCCGAUCAGUUCAAUCUGCAGCGGUGCCAGCACCCACUUCCCAGUUGCUUUCAUCCCUGGAAAAAGAUGAGCCCCGUAAAAGUUUUGGGAUCAAAGUUCAGAAUCUUCCUGUACGCUCUACAGAUACAAGCCUUAAAGAUGGCCUUUUCCAUGAAUUUAAGAAAUUUGGAAAAGUGACUUCAGUACAGAUACAUGGUACUUCAGAAGAAAGGUAUGGUCUGGUAUUCUUCCGGCAGCAAGAGGACCAAGAAAAAGCAUUGACUGCAUCAAAAGGAAAACUUUUCUUUGGCAUGCAGAUUGAAGUAACAGCAUGGGUAGGGCCAGAAACAGAAAGUGAAAAUGAAUUUCGCCCCUUGGAUGAAAGGAUAGAUGAAUUUCACCCCAAAGCAACAAGAACUCUCUUUAUAGGCAACCUUGAAAAGACCACUACGUAUCAUGACCUUCGCAACGUCUUCCAGCGCUUUGGAGAAAUUGUGGAUAUUGAUAUUAAGAAAGUAAAUGGAGUCCCUCAGUAUGCAUUCUUGCAAUAUUGUGAUAUUGCCAGUGUUUGUAAAGCUAUUAAGAAGAUGGAUGGGGAAUACCUUGGAAAUAAUCGCCUCAAGUUGGGUUUUGGAAAGAGCAUGCCUACAAACUGCGUAUGGUUAGAUGGGCUUUCUUCAAACGUGUCGGAUCAGUAUUUAACACGACAUUUCUGCCGAUAUGGGCCUGUAGUAAAGGUGGUGUUUGACCGCUUAAAAGGCAUGGCCCUGGUUCUCUACAAUGAAAUUGAAUAUGCACAAGCAGCUGUAAAAGAGACCAAGGGGAGGAAAAUCGGUGGUAAUAAAAUUAAGGUGGAUUUUGCAAACAGGGAAAGUCAGCUGGCAUUUUAUCACUGCAUGGAGAAAUCUGGUCAAGAUAUCAGAGACUUUUAUGAAAUGUUAAUAGAAAGAAGAGAGGAACGAAGGGGAUCCUAUGACUAUAACCAAGAUCGUACAUAUUAUGAGAAUGUUCGAACUCCAGGCACAUAUCCUGAAGAUUCCAGGAGGGACUACCCAGCUCGAGGGAGAGAGUUUUAUUCAGAGUGGGAGACUUACCAAGGAGACUACUAUGAAUCACGAUACUAUGAUGACCCUCGAGAGUACAGGGAUUAUAGGAAUGAUCCUUACGAGCAAGAUAUUCGGGAAUACAGUUACAGACAAAGGGAACGUGAGAGAGACCGUGAAAGAUUUGAGUCCGACCGAGACAGAGACCAUGAGAGGAGGCCAGUGGAAAGAAGUCAGAGCCCGGUUCACUUACGGCGCCCACAGAGUCCUGGAGCAUCACCCUCCCAGUCAGAGAGGCUACCGAGUGAUUCUGAGAGAAGGCUCUAUAGCCGGUCAUCAGACCGGAGCGGGAGUUGUAGCUCACUCUCCCCUCCAAGAUAUGAGAAACUUGACAAGCCACGUUUGGAGCGCUAUGCAAAAAAUGACAAGACAGAUAAAGAACGAACUUUUGAUCCUGAGAGAGCGGAAAGAGAGAGACGCUUGAUACGGAAGGAAAAAGUGGAAAAGGACAAAAGUGACAAGCAGAAACGAAAAGGAAAAGUUCACUCCCCCAGUUCUCAGUCUUCAGAAACUGACCAAGAAAAUGAGAGAGAACAAAGCCCUGAAAAACCAAGGAGUUCUAAUAAACUGAGCAGAGAGAAAACUGACAAAGAAGGAAUAGCAAAAAAUCGCCUGCAACUCAUGCCUUGUGUGGUUUUAACUCGAGUGAAAGAAAAAGAGGGAAAGCUCAUCGACCAUACUCCUGUGGAAAAGCUGAAAGCCAAGCUUGACAGCGACACUGUCAAGUCAUCUGCCCUAGACCAGAAACUUCAGGUCUCUCAAACGGAGCCUGCAAAAUCUGACUUGUCUAAACUGGAGUCCGUUAGACUGAAAGUGCUGAAGGAAAAGGGACUUUCAAGCCACAUCGAGGUGGUAGAUAAGGAAGGCAGGCUGAAAGCCAGGAAGCACCUCAGAGCUGAGCCAGCGACUGACGGGGUCAAUACUGUGGAGCUGGAAAAACUGGAAGCAAGAAAAAGGCGUUUUGCAGAUUCCAACUUGAAAGCAGAAAGACAAAAACCAGAGGUUAAGAAAAGUAGUCCAGAGAUAGAGGAAGCUCGAGUGCUUUUAAAAAAGCAACCUGAUGUGUUGUCUAGAGAUGCCAUUCUGCUGAGGGAAGGAGAGUCGGAAAGAAAGCCUAUGAGGAAAGAAAUUCUUAAAAGAGAAUCUAAAAAAAUCAAACUGGACAGACUUAAUACUGUUGCCAGCCCCAAAGACUGUCAGGAGCUUGCCAGCAUUUCUGUAGGGUCUGGCUCAAGGCCCAGUUCAGACCUGCAAGCAAGACUGGGAGAACCAGUAGGUGAAUCUGUGGAAAAUCAAGAGAUACAAUCAAAAAAGUCUGUUCCCUCAAAACCACAGCUUAAACCACUGCAUCUGUUAGAUGAUCAAGGACCAGAGAAAGAGGAUGGUAGGAAGAACUAUUGCAGUCUUCGUGAUGAAACACCUGAGCGUAAAUCAGGCCAAGAGAAAUCACAUUCAGUAAAUACUGAAGAAAAAAUUGGCAUUGACAUUGAUCACACGCAGAGUUACCGAAAACAAAUGGAGCAGAGUCGUAGAAAACAACAGAUGGAGAUGGAGAUAGCCAAGUCUGAGAAAUUUGGCAGUCCUAAAAAAGAUGUAGAUGAAUAUGAAAGACGUAGCCUCGUUCACGAGGUAGGCAAACCUCCUCAGGAUGUCACUGAUGAUUCGCCUCCCAGCAAAAAGAAAAGGAUGGAUCAUGUUGAUUUUGAUAUCUGUACCAAGAGAGAGAGGAAUUACAGAAGUUCACGCCAGAUCAGUGAAGAUUCUGAAAGGACUGGUUGUUCUCCCAGCAUCCGACAUGGUUCCUUCCAUGAAGAUGAGGAUCCCAUAGGCUCCCCUAGGCUAAUGUCAGCCAAAGGGUCUCCUAAAGUCGAUGAAAAAGGUCUCCCCUAUUCUAAUAUAACAGUCAGGGAAGAAUCUCUAAAAUUUAAUCCUUAUGAUUCUAGCAGGAGAGAACAGAUGGCAGAUAUGGCCAAAAUAAAGCUAUCUGUCUUGAGUUCUGAAGAUGAACUAAACCGUUGGGAUGCUCAGUUGAAACAAGAUGUCAGCAGAUUUGAGGUGAGUUUCCCGAAUAGCAUAAUUAAGAGAGACAGCCUUCGAAAAAGGUCUGUACGGGAUCUGGAACCUGGUGAGGUGCCUUCCGAUUCUGAUGAAGAUGCUGAACACAAAUCCCACUCACCCAGAGCCUCUGCGUUGUAUGAAAGUUCUCGAUUGUCUUUUUUAUUGAGAGACAGAGAAGACAAACUACGUGAGCGAGAUGAAAGACUCUCGAGUUCUUUAGAAAGGAACAGAUUUUACUCUUUUGCAUUGGAUAAGACAAUCACGCCCGACACGAAAGCUUUGCUUGAGAGGGCCAAGUCCCUUUCUUCAUCUCGAGAAGAAAAUUGGUCUUUUCUCGACUGGGACUCCCGAUUUGCCAAUUUCCGAAGUAACAAAGAUAAAGAGAAGGUUGACUCUGCUCCAAGACCUAUUCCAUCCUGGUACAUGAAAAAGAAGAAAAUUAGGACCGAUUCGGAAGGGAAAAUGGGUGACAAAAAAGAUGAUCAUAAGGAAGAAGAGCAGGAGCGGCAAGAGUUGUUUGCGUCUCGCUUUUUGCACAGUUCCAUCUUUGAGCAAGAUUCCAGGCGAUUGCAGCACCUAGAGAAAAAAGAUGAAGACUCCGACUUCAUUUCUGGUAGGUUACAUGGGAGGCAGGCGUCAGAUGGAGUGCAUAGCACGACCGACUUAGUUCAAGAGCCAGUAGUUCUAUUCCAUAGCAGAUUUAUGGAGCUCACACGAAUGCAACAGAAAGAGAAAGAAAAGGACCCGAAACCCAAAGAGGCUGAGAAACAGGAAGAUGCAGAGCAUCAUCCCAAGACCCCAGAAUCUGCUGAGAAUAAAGAGUCAGAACUGAAAACUCCGCCUUCGGUUGGGCCUCCUAUUGCCACAGCUGUGACUCCAGAAUCAGCAUUGCUAGCACUCGAGAAGACAACUAGUGACAAGACAGUAGAGGCACCUUUGGUAACAGAAGACAAAACUGUGGAGCCGGCUGUCAUCUCGCAGGAAGCAAAGCCUGCAUCUGAACUGGCUCCUGUCCCUGUGGAACAGCCCGAGCAAGCAGACCUGCCCCCAGGAGUGGACACUAACAAAGAUGCUGCCGUGACACCAGCAGUUGUUGGAGAAAGCGCAUCAGGUGACCAGCUGCCUUACUUGGAUGCCAAGCCUCCAACACCUGGGACUUCCUUUUCCCAGGGAGAGAGCGGUGCAGAUCCAGACCCUGACAAUACCCAACCACCUUCAAAGCUGACUCAGAAGUCUGAGGAAGCCAAUGAGCCAAAAGCCGAAAAGCCAGACUCUGCUGCUCAUGGUGAGCCUCGUGCAAAUCCAAAAGCCGAAGUUGCUCCUGAGGUUCAGCCUCAGGCUUCUGAAGAUCCAGAGGCUGAUCUGCCCGUGGCUGUGAAGGAUAAAAAGCCAAACAAAAGUAAGCGCUCUAAGACCCCAGUUCAGGCAGCUGCAGCAAGUAUUAUGGAGAAGCCUGUCACAAGGAAGAGUGAAAGGAUAGACCGGGAAAAACUGAAGCGGUCCAGUUCUCCUCGGGGAGAAGCACAGAAGCUUCUAGAAUUAAAGAUGGAAGCUGAGAAGAUUACAAGGACUGCUUCUAAAAACUCUGCUGCAGACCCUGAACACCCCGAACCAAGUCUGCCUCUCAGCCGAACGAGGCGCCGGAAUGUAAGGAGUGUUUAUGCAACCAUGGGUGACCAUGAGAACCGCUCUCCAGUCAAAGAGCCUGUAGAGCAGCCAAGAGUGACCAGAAAGAGACUGGAGCGAGAGCUUCAGGAGGCUGCAGCAGUUCCCACCACCCCUCGGAGGGGAAGGCCUCCGAAGACACGCAGGCGAGCUGACGAGGAGGAGGAGAAUGAGGCCAGAGAACCCACAGAAACACUCAAGCCAGCUGAGGGAUGGCGGUCCCCUAGAUCUCAAAAAACUACAGCUGGUGGCGGCCCCCAGGGGAAGAAGGGGAAAAAUGAACCGAAGGUUGAUGCUGCACGUCCUGAAGCCGCCACUGAGGUGGUCCCCCAUGUCGGUACGAGAGAGAGUCCCACAGAGGCCAAGGCUGGGGAGGAGGAGGCAGGGAGCGAACAGAAACGCGAUCAAAAAGAAGCCAGUGCAGACAAAAAUCCCCCUGAGACCAUCGCUGUCGAUGUUGUAGAGAAAAAACCAGCCCCUGAAAAAAACUCUAAAUCAAAGAGAGGAAGAUCUCGAAACUCGAGGGCAGCAGUAGACAGAUCUGCAAGUCUGAAAAAUGUGGAUGCUGAUGUCAGUCCCAGGGGGUCUGCGGGGCAGGCAGGGGAGAGGGAAGCUGGGGUGGUGGCGGUCUCCCCCGAGAAAAGCGAAAGUCCCCAAGAGGAGGCUGGUGCACCAUCCCAGCUGCAAGAGGACCCAGCUGGUCCAGGCAAGGAGCCAGACAAGGAGGAUGUGUCUGCCUCUAGGCCGCCCCCAGAAGCCACCCAGCUAGCCAAGCAGAUGGAGCUGGAGCAGGCCGUGCAGAACAUCGCCAAGCUCACCGAAACCUCUGCGGCCUACAAGGCAGCUGCCGCAGACACCCCUGAAGGCCUCACUGCAGAGGACAGGGAUAAGCCAGCACACCAAGCCAGUGAAACAGAACUGGCUGCAGCCAUUGGCUCCAUCAUCAAUGACAUUCCUGGGGAGCCAGAAAACUUCCCAGCACCUCCACCCUACCCGGCAGAGUCCCAGGCAGGUCUCCAGCCCCACGCCCCUGCCCUGCAGCCUCCAGAGGGAGGAAUGGAGCCUGAGACCGACGAAGCUGUGUCUGGCAUCCUGGAGACCGAGGCUGCUACAGAAUCCUCUGGGCCAGUGGUCAAUGCCCCUGACUCCUCAGCAGGCUCAGCAGAUACCAAGGAAGCCAGGGGGAGUGGUAGCGACACCUCCCACUCAGUGCAGGAAGCCAAAGGGCCGAAAGGAGUGGAAGUCCCUCUUGUUCGCAAAGACAAAGGGCGCCAGAAGACAACCCGCUCACGCCGCAAACGUAAUAUGAACAAGAAGGCGGGGGCUCCCGCAGAUACCACAGUCCCCGAAGCUGACCCCGCGCAAAGCAAGAGUCCUGCUACUGCAAGUGAGGGGUUGACGGUGCAGCCCCCUGAAACUCCACAGGAAGAAAAGCAGAGUGAAAAACCCCAGUCGACUUCUCCUCAGUCAUGUACGUCUGACCCAAGCAAAACUCCCUCCAUGGAGAAUGUGUCCCAGGAAAGCAGUGUUGAAGAAAAGACUCCAACCAAGAUGUCCGUGCCCCCGGACCUUGCUCCUCCUCCUCAGCCAGCACCAUUGGACGAUGAACCUCAAGCCAGGUUCAAGGUGCAUUCAAUCAUUGAAAGUGACCCAGUGACCCCACCCAGUGACUCAAGCAUACCCACCCCCACACUGCCUUCUGUAACUGUAGCAAAGCUCCCACCCCCUGUCACCUCUGGGGGGAUCCCACACCAGAGCCCUCCUCCUAAGGUAACAGAGUGGAUCACAAGGCAGGAGGAACCACGGGCUCAGCCCACCCAGUCUCCAGCUCUUCCCCCAGACACAAAGGCCUCUGAUGUUGACCCCAACUCCAGCACACUGAGGAAGAUUCUCAUGGACCCCAAGUACGUGUCUGCCACAGGUGUCACUUCCACGAGUGUCACCACGGCCAUUGCGGAGCCUGUCAGUGCCGCCCCUUGCUUACAUGAGGCACCACCCCCUCCAGUUGACCCUAAAAAGUCUUUAGAAGAAAAAACAGCAGCUCCGGUAACAAACACCACUGACAUACAAGCCUCAGAGGUUCCUGUAGCUGCAGACAAGGAAAAAGUGGCUCCAGUCAUUGCUCCCAAAAUUACUUCCGUUAUCAGCCGGAUGCCUGUCAGCAUCGAUCUGGAGAAUUCACAGAAGAUAACCCUGGCAAAACCAGCUCCUCAAACUCUGACUGGCCUGGUGAGUGCCCUCACUGGCCUGGUGAACGUCUCCCUGGUGCCAGUGAAUGCCCUGAAAGGUCCUGUGAAGGGCUCGGUGGCCACCCUGAAAGGUUUGGUGAGCACCCCUGCUGGGCCUGUGAACGUCCUAAAGGGGCCCGUGAACGUCCUUACAGGGCCAGUGAACGUGCUCACUACUCCAGUGAAUGCCACAGUGGGCACAGUCAACACCGCCACGGGUGUGGUAAAUCCCACUGCAGGCACAGUCAAUGCCGCUGCAGGUGCAGUGAAUGCCACUGCGAGUGCAGUGACAGUCACAGCAGGUGCGGUUGCUGCUGCAUCUGGUGGUGUGACAGCCACAACAGGCACAGUGACCAUGGCAGGAGCAGUGAUCGCACCGUCAGCAAAGUGCAAACAGAGAUCAAGCACUAACGAAAACAGUCGGUUCCACGCAGGAUCGAUGUCUGUGAUUGAUGAUCGUCCAGCAGACACGGGCUCGGGGGCAGGGCUGCGAGUGAACACGUCAGAAGGGGUUGUGCUCCUGAGCUACUCGGGGCAGAAGACUGAAGGCCCCCAGCGGAUCAGUGCCAAAAUCAGCCAGAUCCCUCCAGCCAGUGCGAUGGACAUUGAGUUUCAGCAGUCGGUGUCCAAGUCCCAGGUCAAACCUGAUUCUGUCACAGCUUCACAGCCUCCACCCAAAGGCCCUCAAGCCCCUGCAGGCUAUGCAAACGUGGCCACCCAUUCUACGCUGGUCCUGACUGCCCAGACGUAUAACGCAUCUCCUGUGAUUUCGUCUGUGAAGGCUGACCGGCCGUCCUUGGAGAAGCCUGAGCCCAUUCACCUCUCAGUCUCCACACCUGUCACUCAGGGUGGCACAGUGAAGGUUCUCACUCAGGGCAUAAACACACCCCCAGUGCUGGUUCACAAUCAGCUGGUCCUCACCCCCAGCAUCGUCACCACAAAUAAGAAGCUUGCUGACCCUGUCACUCUUAAAAUCGAGACCAAGGUCCUCCAGCCAGCCAGCCUGGGGUCCACACUCACACCUCACCACCCACCUGCUCUACCCAGCAAGCUGCCUGCAGAAGUGAACCACGUCACCGCGGGCCCCAGCACCCCGUCAGAUCGCACUGUCUCCCAUCUGGCAGCCACAAAGCCAGACGCUCAUUCUCCUCGGCCCAGCGGACCUGCACCAUCCCCCUUCCCGAGGCCCAGCCACCCCAGCAGCACUGCGUCCACUGCACUCUCCACCAAUGCCACCGUCAUGCUGGCUGCGGGCAUUCCGGUGCCUCAGUUCAUCUCCAGCCUACACCCCGAGCAGUCUGUCAUCAUGCCACCCCACAGCAUCACUCAGACUGUGUCCCUGAGCCACCUGUCCCAGGGCGAAGUGAGGAUGAACACACCCACACUGCCCAGCAUCACCUACAGCAUCCGGCCAGAGACACUGCACUCUCCUCGGGCCCCCCUGCAGCCCCAGCAAAUAGAGGUCCGGGCCCCCCAGCGUGCUGGCACCCCCCAGCCAGCCCCAGCCAGCCUGCCUGCGCUGGCCUCCCAGCACCCUCCUGAGGAAGAAGUGCAUUACCACCUCCCCGUAGCUCGAGCAGCAGCCCCUGUGCAGUCGGAGGUGCUGGUCAUGCAGUCCGAGUACCGGCUGCAUCCGUACACCGUGCCGCGUGACGUGAGGAUCAUGGUGCACCCCCAUGUGACGGCCGUCAGCGAGCAGCCCAGGGCAGCAGAUGGAGUGGUGAAGGUGCCGCCGGCCAGCAAGGCCCCUCAGCCGCCAGGGAAGGAGGCUGCCAAGAUGACAGAUGGCAAAGCGGCCCCGGCCCCGGCCCCUCAUGGCGAGGCCCGCAUCCUCACAGUCACCCCCAGCAACCAGCUCCAGGGGCUGCCUCUGACCCCACCUGUGGUGGUGACCCACGGGGUGCAGAUUGUGCACUCCAGCGGGGAGCUGUUUCAGGAGUACCGGUACGGUGACAUCCGCACCUACCACACCCCGGCUCAGCUCACGCACGCUCAGUUUCCUGCUGCCUCCUCCGUAGGCCUGCCUUCCCGGACCAAGACCCCUGCUCAGGGCCCUCCUGAAGGUGAGCCCCUGCAGCCCGCUCAGCCUGCGCAGUCCACACAGCCCACCCAGCCCCUGCAGUCCACACAGCCUGCCCAGCCUGUGCCGCCCUGCCCACCCUCUCAACUCAGCCAGCCUGGCCAGCCACCAAGCAGCAAGAUGCCUCAGGUCUCCCAGGAGGCAAAGGGGACCCAGACAGGAGGAGUGGAGCAGCCUCGCCUCCCAGCUGUAGCUGCAAACAGGCCGCCUGAGACCCACGCCCAGAUCCAGAGGGCACAAGUGGAAACAGGCCCGACGUCCUACCCCUCCCCUGUGUCUGUCUCCAUGAAGCCUGACCUUCCGGUCCCUCUUCCAUCUCAGGCUGCCCCGAAGCAGCCGCUGUUUGUCCCCACAAGCUCAGGCCCCAGCACCCCACCAGGUCUGACUCUGCCACACGCUGAGGCCCAGCCAGCCCCCAAGCAGGAUUCCUCUCCACACGUGACCUCUCAGAGACCUGUGGAUAUGGUUCAGCUUCUGAAGAAGUACCCCAUCGUGUGGCAGGGCCUGCUGGCUCUCAAGAAUGACACAGCUGCUGUGCAGCUCCACUUCGUCUCUGGCAACAACGUCCUGGCCCAUCGCUCUCUGCCCCUCUCUGAAGGAGGCCCUCCCCUGAGGAUCGCCCAGAGGAUGCGGCUGGAGGCCUCACAGCUGGAAGGGGUUGCCCGAAGAAUGACGGUGGAAACAGAUUACUGUCUGCUGCUGGCUCUGCCCUGUGGCCGUGACCAAGAGGACGUUGUGAGCCAGACCGAGUCCCUCAAGGCUGCCUUCAUCACCUACCUGCAGGCCAAGCAGGCAGCGGGAAUCAUCAAUGUUCCCAAUCCUGGCUCCAAUCAGCCUGCCUAUGUGCUGCAGAUCUUCCCGCCCUGCGAGUUCUCGGAGAGCCAUCUGUCCCGCCUGGCCCCCGACCUCCUCGCCAGCAUCUCUAGCAUCUCCCCCCACCUCAUGAUGGUCAUCGCCUCUGUGUGAGCCGCUCGGCUGCUGCCACUUCGGUGUGUUUCCCCGAGGCUCUGCAGCCAAAUGAACAAGACAACCCAGCCGAGCAGAGGAAGAAGCCGUCGAAGGGGACGGAUCCACUGCCAGACGGCCGGCCUCUCACUGUCCUGCCCGCCGGCUCAGUCGGACAGACUUCCUCUGGGCAGUGGUGCUGCUACCUUGUAUGUUUACAUGACGCUGUAGCCCAAGGACAGACCACCGGCCAACGGACUGGAGACACGGGGCUGGGGUUCUCUCUCCUUCUUGGAGAAAAGGAACAGGGCAGUGGAAUGAGUUUUUUUGUUUUUAAGAAACAAGGAAACACAACUGCCUUUGCUGCACUAAAUUAGUGACUCGGACUUUUGCCCAGUGAAGACAGUCUGUGACACUCUGGAUGUCUCGGUGUGUGUGAACACACAUCGCAGAGGCUAAUGCAGGAAGGACUUCGGACUUCUGCUGAGACCUUGGGGUCAAGGAACAUUUCAUUGGGUUUUUCUUUUGGUCUCUCCCUCCCUACCCCCUGUGCUCAUUUGGAUGCAUCACCUUUCUUAAUUCUCCUGCUGCCACUGUCUUUGAUUCACCGGGAUGUACAGUUUACAAUUGAAAAAGAGCAAACAGAAGGAUCUCCUUCUUGGUGGGAUAUGCAGAACUUGGGAUGUGUGUAUAUAUAAAUAUAUAAUAUAUAUAAAUAUAUAUAAUACUGACUGAAAAAAUCAAAUUCCCCUGACAUACAUUUUUUUUAAUCUGUGCCAAAAAUGUGUUUUCAGAGAAAAUCUUAUUUUCAUACUCAGACUUUGUAUUGUCACUCAUUUGUAUAAGGGCGCUUCGACACAGCGUGCGCUCCGCGCCCGCCACGUGGAAGUGUCACACGGCACCUGUACAAGGACUGGCGAAGCCCCUCCUCUUGCCUUGGCCUCUCCCCAACUUCCUAACACUUAUUAAUUUAUGAAACUGUUUUUCUCAGCGCAGUUUUGUUUGUGUGUCCAUUGGAUUACAAACUUUAUUAAAAAAUACAAAACACUU